AUGAACGGUUUCGAUGUAGUUGGGGCUCUCUUACUCUUCGUCCCACCAUCUGAAGGUAGGUUGCGUGUCAAGCGCCGCGUUGCCGUCGACGCGACGCUGGAGAGGAUCGGAACGUUUUUUGGUGGCGGCUCGGCACUUCACGCUGUCAGCUGGUUAAAGCACUACCUUCAGAUGAAGUGCCACGUCGCCGUCGACAACGCAGAACCACUUUGGAUAACUUUUGCCGCCGUGUUCAACACUCGUCGCGCACCCCACGGGGCGCCUCACCCCGCCGGCGCCAUGUCGACUGGAACGGUCGCGGCCGUAUCGGUUUCGACUUCAUCGCGCGCCGUCGCUUCAUCGCGCGCGACCACCGCGCGUCGAACGACCCGAGCGUCUUCUUCCCCAUCUUCGCGCCUCGAUCGAUGUUGCGCUACUCGUGCGGUGCCGAGUAGAGUCGGCUCGGCGCGCACCUCCGGCGUGGGCUUCGCGUCGAUACCCGCGCCCCGUCGAUCAACCUUGACGCGCGGUGACGAUGCGUACAGUGGAACGGACCGAUCCGGGGCGACGGCGAGCGCGCUGAGCGCCGCGGGAGCGUCGUCGGCGUUCGCCGUGGGCGUCGAUGCGUUCUUCUCGUUUCUGGGCACCGCGCUCGCGGCGCUCGUCGCCGGCUUCCUCGCGCUCUCCGCGUGGCGUCGCAACCUCGGAUUGCUCCGCCCGAGGCUCACGCUGUCCAAGUCGCCCCGCAUCGCGAGGCUCGUGGACUCGUGCCCCGCUCUGCACCGCCCGUUGAGGCCGCCGCUGCUCCUCCAGACGUCGCUCGCGCAGCUCAUCGCGUACCUCCUCAAACGCAACCUCGUGCCGGAAGCGCGGUGGACUCGAGAGACGCUGACGACGGGAGACGGCGGCGAGAUCGCGCUGGAGUGGUACGAGUGCUGCGACGAGGACGACGUCUGGAACGGUCUGGAAGGUGACGGGUCGGUCACGGCAUCCCUUCCGUCCGACGCGCCCGUGAUGUGCGUCUUGCACACGCUGACGGGAACAGCCGCCGACUUUGUCGUGCUCGCGAGGGAAGCCACGCGGCGGGGGUUCCGUCCGGUGGUGUGCCUGCGCCGCGGGCACCUCGACGCGCCCUUGCGCACGCCAAAGUUCAACCUCCUGGGUAACUGCGACGACCUGGACGUGCAUCUAGAAGCCAUCCGGAUGAAGUUUCCGACCGCGAAGCUCUUCGGCUACGGCGAAUCCGCCGGCACGGGACUCGCGGUGAGGUACAGCGGCGAGAAAGGGACGCGUAACCCGUUCACGGCGGUGUCGUGCGUGUGCCCAGGGUACGACACCACCGAGGGGGGCGCGUUCUCGCGUUUCGAGCCCUUGCUGGACCGACACCUCCUCGCGUCCGUCAAGGAGAUGUUUUUGUCGGCAAACGAGGAGUUGAUUCGAGGGUUCGAGUGCGCGUACGUAGCCCCGGGGUACGACGAGCUCAUCGCCGCGCCCGACAUGGCGGAGCUGCAGCGGCGUCUGUACGGCGUGGAGGGGUACUCGUCACUCGCGGAGUACCACGAACGGACGAACCCGAUGGGAACGGUAAGGGAUAUAGCGGUGCCGAUGCUGGUCAUCAACUCGGACGACGAUCCGAUCUGCGCGCCGUCCAACGUGGACGAUAACCUGUGGGCGUUCGAGGGGGACGUGGAUAGGGCGCUGGUGCGGACGCCGAUCGGAACGCACUGCUGCUUCUACGAGGGGAGGACGCUGCGGCCGAGGUCGUCGUGGGCGCACGAGGCGUCCUUGGAGUUUUUCGAGUCUGUGCUCAACGAAAAAGGGUAG